AGGAGAUAGCUUUUGAGUUAGUCAGUUUUACGCUGGACCGUUGACGCUAGCCUCAGUCCUUACGUCAAGUUCUUGGAAAGGUGUUCGUAAAUUUCGAGGAAUUUAGUGCUUCGCUUAGUUUAAAAGGGUGUUCAGCGCGGAUAGACUGAAACAUAUGAAAUUGACGUUCCUUGCCGCUCAAAAGAAAUCUCUUGAAGAACUCAGUCGGAGAACUGCAGAGAUGAGGGGAGAAAGGAAACAGGCAAUCCUAAAGUGCGGAUAUCUGCUAAAGAAAAGUGAUGUUCUUAAAAAAUGGAACCUUAGAUAUUUUGUGCUCAGCAGAGAAUGUUUGUGCUACUAUCAAAACGAAGAGGAGUCGAGGACGGGUGUACCAAAAGGACUUAUAUUCUUCAACGACAUGUCAGUGUACAUAGACGAGUUACCAGAUAAACGAAGCAAAUACUGUUUAAAGAUAGUAAAAAAAUCAUUGUCGCCCCAACGAGCGUCUCGGACAUAUUUAUUCAGCUGUUUCUCGGAAAGAGAAAGAGAUGGAUGGCUUGCAGAGAUUCUUUAUGCAGCAGCGGAGGCUUUAGUAAUGGAUCCAACUUCGUGGAUUGGAAGACGGGAUAGUAUUCCAACUGAAAAUCUGGACUUUGAGGUUUCUAGGCCUCUGGCUCGCAACGUUUGCCAUUCCUUCACUGCUAAGGAAAUGCUCCAGAGAUGUAGACUUAAGCUUGCGACGCUUUCGCUCAGUAGAACAUCGCUAUCUCAUGCUCCGAGCUGCACGAGUGUCUUCGACUUCAACGCUAAUAGAGUUCUUGGCGUUAACACAUACUGAAUUAAGAACAUGGUAUUAAGAGAUUAAAUCUCACAUUAAUUCCUCAAACAAAAAGCCGUUAAUGUCAGAAGAAAUUCCAAGAACUGAAAACUGCGUAGAUUACUAGGUUUUCAGAGGAACACGGAAAGAAUUUCCAACUGUCUCCUCUUUGGGAGGUCGAUCGUUUACCUGAUGAAUGUGGCAAAAUAUGUGGAAAUGUUAUUGAUUGCUCAAUACAUUCGACUAGUAAGAAGAUUAGAGGUCGCGGACUUAUAAAAGCAGAAUUGUUAACGCCAGUGUAUAGAUAUUUAAUGUAUUUUAAAAAGCAACGUUAGUUUGAAAAUAGUCUCCAUGCUUUCUUUUGUUAGAAUUGUGUAUAAAAGCAGAACUGGGAACGAAGUACCCAAAUAUUUAAUGUAUUUGAAUGCAAAGUUUGUUUUCAAAAUAGAGUUAAUGUUGUGUUAAUUGUCUAAGAAAAUUACUCAAAAGGGAGGGUCCAAAACAGAAAACAAGCAAACUAGAAGCUUUUGAAUAUUUAUUGCAGAUUAGUUCAUUCUUGUUAUCAAAUCUGUAUAAUGUAUCUUAUGGUAUUUCAAAUAAAAUAUUUCUAAACAG